CCAGGCAGGGAGGGCUGCAGGCUUUUCAGGUGUCUGCUCUUGGGGCUGAGUUCUCAUCAGAGGCAUGCAGAGAGUUGGGCUUCUCCAGCAACUUGCUCUGCAGCUCUUGUGAUCUCCUCGGACAGUUUAACCUGCUUCAGCUGGACCCCGUUUGCAGAGGGUGCUGUCAGGAAGAAGCACAGUUUGAAACCAGAAAGCUGUAUGCAGGCGCUAUCCUUGAAGUCUGUGGAUGAAAAUUGGGGCGGUUCCCUCAAGUCCAAGCUUUUGUCAGAAGCGAUAAGCCCAAACUGUUCAGGGGUCUACAGAUCAAGUAUGUUCGAGGUUCAGACCCUGUCCUAAAGCUUUUGGACGACAACGGGAACAUUGCAGAAGAGCUGAGCAUCCUCAAGUGGAACACGGACAGCGUGGAAGAGUUUCUCAGCGAGAAGCUGCAACGCAUAUAAAGCUUGCCUCCUUGUUCUUCUCUUACUGUCAGACGGGCUAUCACAGAGAUAGAGAAUGGUCAUCAUUUCAUGUAUGUCACUAAUGUUCUGAGCACACCCAUUUCUUAGAAAUUUCUGUGCUGCACUUGUUGAUACCACUAAUGACAUUGCUUUGUAAUCGGCUUCUGGCUAAUUAUGCAAAUAAUAGCUUCUGAUAAUUGGCCCAGUUUUAUAAACAACAGAAUCUUCAAUAAGAGAAGUUAAUAAAGGAGACACCUCCUUUGCUGUGUGCUCCUUUGAAAGCAACAGAAAACCACAAAACAGUAAGAUGAUUGGACCUCAGCAACGAGCCUGCUCCUUGGAGACCCUCACAUCUUUUGUAUUGCCCAGCUUUCUUUUUAGUAGAAGUAUUUGUGCCACAUGAAAUUUUUGUAGCCUUAUUAUUAUGGGACAGAUUGAAAAUAUACAGUAAGAAUGUAAACUCAUAAAGGUUUGCAUUAAUGAGGAUUACACAGAAAACCUUUGUUAAGGAUUUGUGUAGAUCUGAUAAUUGGCAGAUUUUUAUGUUUUUAAAUAUUCUUACAGAAAAGUUCCAUUUAAGAAUGUUCACUUGUAGGACCAAAAUACAAAUAAAAACUUUCAAAAAUGGAAUUUAAAA